CGAUCUCCUGGUCUCCAGGUGGUGGAAGAGAGAAACCUCUGCUCCCCACACCUUCAUCCCUGGCGUCGACAACUGAAGUUCCAGGAGGAAUGAGCAGUGGUGUCAAGAUGCCAAGCAUAUUUGCCUACCUCAGCGCCGAAGUCGACUGGUGCGAAGGGAAUUUCGAGCACUCAGAGUACAUCGCUGAAUACUACAACACGAUCAGCAACAUCAUUUUCUUCAUCAUGACACCUUUCGUGAUAAUGCUGAACUUCGACUACAUGAAAUAUCGGCCUAUCCCCGUCCGCAGCCUUGCCGUCCUGGUGGCGAUGAUCGGCAUCUCCUCCAUCUACUUCCACAUGACGCUGAGCUAUGCCGGGCAGAUGUUGGACGAACUCUCCAUUCUCUGGACGAUAGGACUGAGCUAUGCUUGCUGGUUUCCCACAAACCAUUACCCACCAUUCAUCAAAAACAGGGUACAGUUUCAGUGGCUGGUGGGCAUCCUGACGGUGCUGACCUCUCUGUUGUCCUUCAUCAAACCGGUGCUCAACGCUUAUGCCCUGAAUAGCGUCGGCAUCCACAUCCUGUAUGUGAUCUUCAUGGAAGCCAAAAUGAGCACCAACCCCCGUGCACGCCGACUGGCCGCCAUCACUGUGAUCUGGUGGUUUAUCGCAAUCACCUGCUGGAUCGCGGACAAGUUCUUCUGUGAAUUCUGCAAGAAGAUCAACUUUUGUUAUCUCCACAGCUUGUGGCAUAUUUUUAUCAACCUGGCUUUGAUGUACCUAUCUACCUUGAUCAUCUACCUCGACGUCUUGUACGAAAUGCCCGGCUCUGUACCCAACCUGACAUAUUGGCCUAGCGAAAAAUCACCGCUCACACUGCCGUGUCUCGUCAUUGGGAAGUCGCAAAAGUGGUGUUAGAGGUUCCAGAUCGUCGUUGCGGUGGGGGAGACGGGCUUCCCCCCUGCUUAGUACGGAACUGUGCAAUUAAACUAUUUAUGUGAGUCAGUGUUGGGGUCUUAGGCGGUGGGGGGCACAGAGCGAUGGAACAUUAUACUCCUCUGAGGCAUUUGCUGAAGAACCAUUCUGCGAUGCAAUACUGUCCUCAGUCUGCUUACUGAUGGCCAAAGCCCUGCCGAUUCACUGGGGCUUGCUCCUAAAUAACUAUGCAGAUACAACUGUAGCUUUUCUCUAUCUCAGGGUACGUUACAAUGUGAAAUUCAAACCUGUUCGGAGCAGGUAUCACUAAUAUUUUUCUGCUGGGAGAAUGCUGGGAGCUGGGAGAAUGCUGGGAGAAUGCUGGGAGCUGUUGGCAUUGUCAUAGUUUUGGCAGGGAAUGAGAAAUCUUAGAUGCCUCCUAUUGAUUCCCAGAGCAAUAGCCCCCAGAAUUCUUGGGCUGGGAAUUACAAGUCAGAAAGUCUGAAAGGGGUUGAUAUUGUAAGGACGCGUACAAAACAGUUCCAUGUAUGAUUUUGUUUAUAACCCUUGUGUUCAAAUAGAAGUUAUCUUUGCUCCUUGUAAGCUCCAGCGGAGAAAACCUGGGACCUCGGUUCUGUGUUCUAAUGUUGCCUCCCACUCACAGACUUUGGAAGUGAAAAAUAAAUACAUUCAAUUAAAAC